AUGGGCUUCGACUUUAGCGACAAAGAUGAUUCUUCUUCUUCUUCUUCGACCCAUCAACUGAGCAAAGGAACUGGUGAUAAGACUACAAAAAGGAGCAUAGUUGGAGCAGACCAAAGCAAGGGUAAAAACAGCCAGAAAGAAUAUUUACAGGUGCCAAUGGACACCAAGAAGAUGCUGGUGGAGCAUGCUCGUGGCAAGCAAAAGGAACGAGCAAACCAGAAGGUGGGCUCACAGACACCGCAGAGUCCCGCAGAGGGCACACCCGCGGGGAACAAGUGGGCGCCUGCCCCCACCAUGGGGGUAGCUUCACAACAAGUCCCCGCCAAGGGGGCGGCCUCACAAGUCCCUGCUAAGGGGACUACUGCACACUUCCCAGCCAAGGGGACAACUCCACAGAUCUCUACCAAGGGGACAUCUGCUCAGGUCCCUGCCAAGGGGAAGAGGCCAGCCGAGGAGGCCGAGGCAAGCAAGAAGAGGCCUGCCAAGGAGACCCUGAAAGAAUAG